AUGACCGAUCAAAUGCGCGAAAUGAUCGCCCAGCUAAUGGGAAGCCAACAUGUUGAAGAUGGUGGAAAACCGGAGAUCCCUUAUGAUCAUCCAGGAGUAUGCCGCGCUUAUCUACUCGGUGUAUGCCCGCACGAUUUAGUACCUGAUAGUCGAUUACAGAGUAUGGUCUCAUGCCGAAAAGUACACGAGCCGGCGCAUAAGGCGGAUUUCGAACGAGCACAAAAGGAGCGGGAUCAUUUUUAUGAUAUCGAUGCAUUCAAUAUUCUAGAAUUUGCCGUUCGACAGGUUGAUGGAGAAAUAGCGCGAAUACGCGAUAAAUUGGAACGGGACGUUCAGAAUCAGACUAGUAUAAUGGCAGAUUCAAAAGCAUCGAAAAUUGCAGAGAUUGAGGCCACCAUUCAAUUGCAACUCGAGGAAAUUGAGAAACUUGGAAAUGAAGGACGAAUCGAAGAAUCGAUGAAAUUGUCGAGAAGCGUCGAGGAAAUGCGCGAUCGAAUCGCCGAAAUCGAGGCGCAGAAUGAUGUGAAAAUGGCGGGUCCCGGGUCGAAUGCAGCGAAAUUGCGUGUAUGCGAAGAGUGCGGUGCGCAACUCAAUAUCACCGAUCAUGAGACUCGGAUUGCUGAUCAUUAUAACGGAAAAAUGCACUUGGGAAUGGUGGAGACUCGCGAAACGUACAAGAAAAUGCUGGAGACAAUCGAGCAGCGGAAAAAAGAGCGCGAUGAGAAACUUGGUGAUCGAUCCAACUCCUAUAGGUACAGCAGUAGCCGCAGUAAUCGCGAUAGGCGGGAUUAUCGUGAUCGUGAUCAUGACAGAAGGGAUCGUGAUCGGGACAGAAAGAGGAGCCGUUCACGCGAUCGCUCGCGUCGUAAUGAUAAAAAUGGACGAUAUCGCGAUGAUCGGGACAGGCGCGAUAGGAACCGCGAUCGUGAUCGUCGUCACUGA